UGCGCGAUAAUAAAAUGUAAAUUCAUGAAUAAAUGCACAGUAAAACACCCUCUUUCAAUUUAUGUUUGAGAUAUUUGAGGGCGGAAGUUUAAAAAGAGAUUGUCGUGACUGUUAAGGAAAAGAUACCAAAAUCAUAAUGUGGGUGUAUUGUGUGUGUUUCUCAGAGUGUUACACUUGGAAUAUAUAGAACAUUGAUUGCGAAAUAAUUGGUCGGUCGUUCGGCAAUGAUAGUACACAUCCUCUUCCGCGUUACGCUUUUAAUUGAUUGAAUUUGAAACCCCGACAGACAAUGCACGAACGAUCCAACGGCAGUAUUGAAUUAGUGUUAAAUGCAGUAUGUUUGAAGGAUGACGCAUUCAAUUUCACGACAUCAACAGUUCUGUUUACAAUUCACAGCGCUCAUUUUACGCACGAACACCUGUUAACAAAGAAACCGUGCCAUAAAGUAUUUAUAUAUAAUACAGCACAUACACUGAAAUGUGUUGCACUGUUUUGUUAAAUCUAUAUACAAUAAACAAGAAGUAACUGGAAGUGUUUUGUUAUAUAAGCUGAACGUCGGAUCGUGUUGUAAUGAUAUGACAUUGUAAAAUGGAAGUAGACACAACUACACACUAAGAACAUUUAAAUUCUACGUUGCCUUAAAUUUCUGAUUGUGAUAAUACGAUGUCUAUAUUGCCAAUAAUGGAAAAUGUGACGAACAAUAUACCAAAAAAUUCCACUACAUAUGUUUUGACUUGCGUGGCAACUGAACGUGGAAACGCCACAUGCGAUCUUUUAUCAGAAGGAAUUAGGACUGCAGCGAUGGAUGUUAACGUAUACCCUAUUAUAUGUGCAGUGGCGUACGUCAUUCUAGGAUUUGUUGGAAAUUCAGUUGUGAUAUUCAUUUAUUUGACGAAGUGGAAAAAGAACCGAACACGUGUUUUUAUUCUCUGCCUUGGAAUACUAGACUGGCUUAACUGUACAUUUUCUGUUCCGAUAGAAAUCGGCAUCCUAUGGUACCCAAUGUCGUUUGAUCACAACAUCCUUUGCAAAAUAUCUAGAGGAUUAACCUUUGUCAUAAACAACACAGGCGCUCUUGUAUUAGUUUCCAUCGCCAUCGAACGCUUUCUUGUUGUGUACUAUCCAUUGAAGUGUCGCCAAUUAACACCGCGAUUUUCAAAGAUAUUGUGUUUGAUCUCUUUUGUGAUAGCAUCGGCAGUGGUGUGGCCAUCGUUUGUCUUUUACGGCACAAACACCAUAACAAUACCCGUGCCACAAUACAACGCCCGUGUGAUCGGAAAGACGUGUCUUAUUGCUGACGAGCAUGAAAUCAGAAAAGGCCUUAUUCUAAUUUUUACAACAGUAUUGUUUGCUCUGCUGAUUUUAGUAUUCAUUGUUUUAUCUACGCUAUACAUAGCCAUCGGACGAAAAAUCUAUUUCGCGGCAUAUAGGGAUGUUGGCGAGGACGGUGAAAAUUCGGUCCGAAUGAUGCGGAGAAGUUUAGUUUCGGCUAUAACAGGUGUUACCAGUGUAGCUACACUUCGGCGAGUUUCUUCAAUGUCUCAGGACUCUGGGUCUUUUCGCCGAACUGAAAGCUUUGAUCGGUCAUGUGAUUUAGAGACAACGACAAAAAUAAAGUCAACUAAUAGUGGGAGUUCUCGAAUUGAUAGCGUUCCAGAAGAAUCGGUUAGCGUUACUUCAAACCACGCUUCCGAGCUCGAAAUAUCAGCGAAUCCAUCUGCGAAUAAGACAGAAAGAACUUACAGCCAGAGUGACCUGAACGCUAAUACUCCAAAAACAAUACAAAAAAGGCCUUUGUUGAGACGAUCUUUUUCAACCGUGAUACAUAACGCGACAAGGAAAAAUACCAUUAUGAUGAGAAUGGUUACUAUUGCUUUCAUGUUGUCCUAUACACCGUUUCUGAUAAUUUUGAUGAUACGCUAUACUCACGGUACGGAUUCUUUUAAAUAUUACCUAUCCCUCGGUAAAGCGGGGAAAAUAGCUUAUAAAGUAUUCCUGAAUUCCUAUUUUAUUAAUAGUAUGAUUAACCCAUAUAUUUAUGGUUUUAUGAAUGUACAAUUUAGAAAGCAGGUAAACAUUCUAUUUCGUAAUAUAUUUUGUAUUUUUAAGGGACCUGUUAACAGACCUUCAAAUUGACGAAUUUACAGACGUUAUUGUGUGUCCAUAUUUGCACAAAUUUCAAGCACUAUUUUAUAUUAAUAAAAUUACUAUAAAUAUUUUUACAUCCCGUUCCUUAAACGAGGCAUCAUAUGUAAGAACUAAAACAACGUUUAUAAUACUUAGUGUAAUGUAAUACAAUUUUUGAGAGGAUCGCUUUAAAGCAUUAAGCAUACACAAUCAGUUACUUUAGUAGAAAUAAAUGAGCGGUUUCUACAGUGAAACUUUUGAUAAUUCUGUGUAAGAUUCAAAACCAGAUGCAUGCAUGAUUUCCAUUUUUUUUCGUUCUUAAAGUACACAUGAAUUUUAUGUCGGAUUAUUAAAUUUGAUAAGUUAAGAUAUUUUGUAAAUAUUAAAAUGGAAAAUCUUGACAGAUACACAAAAACAGUACAGCAACAAAAUUGUUUCUUAAAUUAAGGUAAAACAGAACUUUAUUUAUAAAUGUCAUAAGCGAAUCAACAAUACUGCGUAUUAAUUAUUUUGUAGGUAUUCCUUACUGUUUUUUCACUAGUUUGUCUUGUACAUAAAGAGCAUCACUGCCGUAUCUUUUUGUAUGACGCUUUAAAGGGAUCUUAUCACGGUUUGGUAAAUUGACAAAAUUGAAAAAAGUUGUUUUAGAUUCGCAAAUUUUCGUUUUAGUUAUGAUAUUUGUGAGGAAACAGUAUUACUGAACAUUUACCAUAGUCAAAUAUAGCCAUAAUAUGUAUCUUUUGACGAUUUGAAAACCUAAAAAUUAUAAAGCGUUGCAACGCGAAACGAUUGAAUAAUUUGGAUAGUUCUGUUGUUGUCGUUUAAAUUUACGAAACUACGAAGAUUGCUUAUAUAAGGUAUAAAAUACUUAAACUGUGUAUACCCGCGGAAUAGCCGAGAGAGCUAAUGCGUUUUUACUUCAGACUAACUCCAGGACUCCGGGGGUCACUGGUUCGAGCCCUGGUACCGGCUACUUUUUUCCUUUUUAAAUUUUAUUCUUGAUUUUUUACUGGAGCUUUUAAGAUCCAAUGUUUACAUUUAUCAAUAUAAAGCAUUUAAUGACAAACUUCAAAAUAUGCCAAAAUCUGUGAAAAGGCCCCUUUAAGUGCCUGGUGAGGCUCAGAAUAAAUUUAGACACGGCUUGUCGAGCGGUUUCUUUUAUCGUGCUUAGUCAUAUAUUUCACACACAGAUCGGGCAACUACCUGUUUUUCUUAAUGUCAUAUAUCUAGACCCUAAUUACGGAAGCGUAUAUAGUGCACCCCAAUAAUAUAGUCAUGCCGGAUUAAUUUAUAUCGACUUAAAGUGAAAUAACAUGGUAUGUCGACAUAGUUUUGUACCUUUUUCCCACUUUACUUGCCAUAACGACAUUAAGUUAAAGUAUCAACGUAAAUGUUUCCGGCUUUCCCGAAAAAAAGUGGUCGACAUGAUCUAAGUCGAUAAAUCAACAUAAUUUUUGGCGUCAUGCUCUUGUGAAAAUGACUUGCCAUCAUAGUUUUCGUCGACAGGAUGGGUAAUUGUUUUACGUCAUGACACCUUUUUCAUAUCAUGCCGUCCUAGAAUAUGGUACCCCCAAUAAUAUGGUCAUGCCGGAUUAGUUUAUAUCGACUUUCUGUGAAAUAACAUAGUAUGUCGUCAUAGUUUUGUAGGGUUUUCCCUGUUAAUUUUUUUCGCCAUAACGACAUUAAGUUAAAGUCUCGACGUAAAUGUUUACGGUUUUUCCCGAAAAAAUAUUUGGUCGACAUGAUCUAAGUCGACAAAUCAUCAUUAAUUUUGGCGUAAUGCUCUUGUGAAAAUGACUUGCCAUCAUAGUUUUAGUCGACACGAUGAGUUUUUUUUACGCCAUGACACCCUUUUCAUAUCAUGCCGUCAUAGAAUGUUGACAUCAUCACAGCAUCAGGGUGUACAGUAUACGCUUCGAUUACGGAAGCGUAUGUGGUACACCCCAAUAAUAUGGUCAUACCGGAUAAGUUAAUAUCGACUUACUGUGAAAUAACAUGGUAUGUCGUCAUAGUUGUGUAGGUUUUUCCCUGUUAAUUUUACUCGCCAUAACGACAUUAAGUUAAAGUCUCGACGUAAAUGUUUCCGGCUUUUCCCGAAAAAAUAUUUGGUCGACAUGAUUUAAGUCGACAAAUCAACAUAAUGUUUGGCGUCAUGCUCUUGUAAAAAUGACUUGCCAUCAUAGUUUUCGUCGACAGGAUGAGUAAUUUUUUACGCCAUGACACCUUUUUCAUAUCAUGUCGUCAAAGAAUAUGGUACAACCUAAUAAUAUGGUCAUGCCGGAUUAGUUUAUAUCGACUUACUUUGAAAUAACACAGUAUGUCGUCAUAGUUUUGUAGGGUUUUCCCUCUUAAUUUUAUUCGCCAUAACUACAUUAAGGUAAAGUCUCGACGUAAAUGUUUCCGGCUUUUCCCGAAUAAAUAUUUGGUCGACAUGAUCUAAGUCGACAAAUCAACAUAGUUUUUGGCGUCAUGCUCUUGUGAAAAUGACUUGCCAUCAUAGUUUUAGUCGACACGAUGAGUUAUUUUUUACGCCUUGACACUUUUUUCAUAUCAUGCCGUCAUAGAAUGUUGGCAUCAUCACAGCAUUAGGGUGUACCAUGUACGCUUUCAUACUUCCAUACCUAAUUCUUAAAGAAAUAAACAUAUGAUCAAUUCGAAUCAGCGUGUGUAGCUGGAAUGAAUAUAUUGUAUGACAUUUUACGUGUAAAUGAUGACGUCGAGAGCAUUUGCAUUUAAUAUAAAAAUAUGUAAAUUUUCUUUGUCGCGUUGUGUCCUAAUUGUACUUUAUAUUUGAAGCAAAUUGUUUUUUUUUGCAUAUGAUUCAUUAACACCGAAAUAUAUAACGUUACAGAUAAUUCCUUGCAUUAUGAAUACUUCCAAACAUUGAGUUAUUUAUACCAUACGGUCACUUUUUUAAAUCUUUGUAUUAGGACAAAAUAACUAGGUUGCAUGAUAAGUGGUAUAAUUAUAUAUAUUCGUACAUCAUCCAUAAGUAUUCAGUGCACUGUAUUUAUUUUCUAGUUCUUUGCACUCUUGAACACUGGCAAAUCCUAAUUACAUUUUGCAACUUCACUAUCACACCGUAAGAGUUUAAUGGUAUGAUUAAUUAUUAAAUUGUAAAAAUGUGUUUUAUGUACAAUUUAACAACCUCUCUAAUAAUUUAACUUAAUUCAAAUUUAUGUUAAUAUACUGUGAUUUUUGGACUUAAUGUACUUUUACCGA